UGACUUUUGUUGUGAUUUGGUGCUAUACAAAUAAAAUUGAAUUGUAUGGUAUAGUUUAUGCAGAUUCAUGCACUUCAAAGUGCUUUACAGAUGACUGACAAACUGAUAAUGAGACAAAACAAGUGUGAACGUUGAAUGCAAUUUAAAACUGAUAAAAGAUCAAUUUGAAAAACACGAGCACUUUAAAAUAAAAAAACAAAAGUAAUAUUAACAGUUUACAUAAAAGCCAGUGUAAACAGAUGUGUUUUUAACCUACGUUUAAAGCUCUCACUGUGUUCUGCUCCUCUGGAAGUUGUUUGCAUAUGAAAAUUGUGCUGCAAAUAUGUAGUGUUUUGCAGGAGGUGGAGUAUGUAUGAGAAUAGAGGUCAUGGAUUUUGGUAAAUGUGGUCACUGAAUGUAUUUUGUCUGAAAGCAAUGGAAAAUGAUUCAGUUGGGUCCACUUCUGUUUUGCUGGUUAGCAUCAAAGGGCAGAUGCUGGCCGUGGCACCUGGUGAUGACAUCACAUUCAUUGUCCACCAGGAAAAUGGUGACACAAGCAGCACCAAGUACCAGGUGGAACUUGGCGACGGAGUUCGGGCCAUCUACCAGAACCUUACAGUGACAGAUGAACCCAUCCAGCAUCGCUAUGAAACCCCAGGCAUUUACAGGGUCACUGUGAAAGCUGGGAACAUGGCAGGACACGAUGAGGCCACCAUGUACAUCCAGGUCACAGCUCCUUUACAGGAAGUGCACCUGGAAGUGGUUCCCAUUGCUGGGAGGAACCAUGAGGUCAAUCUGACCACUGUCGUUCUCCUCGCUGAAGCCAACCUGACUGUCUUCUACUGGUGGAUAGGCGAUGGCUUGGGGGUAAAGGACACACAAAAAUUGGCAAUGACUAAUUAAGCUGUUUACUUAUUCAUUUCUUGGUCUCUUAAAACUACAUUAAUCUUGUUUUAACUACCUGGGAACAGCAAAACAAGUUGUAAACAUGAUAUAUUGUACAAAGUUGAUAUGGUAAAUGUGUUAACCUACUAUAAACUGUUGUAGAUUUGCACCUUUAGCAGGCAAAGAGCAGCAUAAACAUUCAAUAGGUGUCAUGUCAUGUCCAAGUCCAAUAUGUACUGUAAGUAAAUGUGCUGUAAGUCACUUUGUAGCUGCUAAAUGUUCCACUGUGUUUAUCUGUGUGGCCACUGUUUGAUGCUGGACAAAUAGGCAAAGUUGUGUUUCAAGAGCUUAGCUCAACCAUAAUGAUUUUAAUCAGUAUCAUCAUUCUAAAUUUAUGAUUAGAAUUGGUAGUUAUUGAUUUAUUUAGGUUGGAAGCCAGUUAUUGAUGA